AUGGCCGAUGCCAUUCGUAUCGAACCGAAACUCUUCUUCGAACGACUCCAGGUCUUGUUCAACACAUGGAAAGCCGACAAGCGAUCUGGGGAUGCCCAAUUUGGUGGUGCGGACUCGAUCGUUAUCCUCACGGGCAAAUCUGAGCCUGAGAACAGUUUCGUCAAGAACAAUGCCCUACACUUCUGGCUAUUGGGCUAUGAAUUUCCUGCUACCUUGUUGGUCUUCACAACCACUACAGUAUAUGUAAUUACGACAGAGAAGAAAGCGAAGCAUCUGCAGAACCUGAAAGAUGGCAAAAUCCCGGUUGAGAUCAUGCCUAUCGACGCGAAGAAACCAGAGACACGUUCAGAAGCCUUCGCCAAGUGUCUGGAAAUCGUCAAGGGCGCAGGCAAAAAAGUCGGCACUCUUUCCAAGGUUGAAACAACUGGUCCUUUUGCUGAUGAGUGGAAGAAGGUCUUUGACGAAGCCUCAAAAGAUCUCGAGGAGGUCGACAUCGCGCCAGGCCUGUCACAGUCAAUGGCAAGCAAGGACGAGGAAGAGCUCAAGGCUGUCAGGACCGGCGCUAAGGCUGCAAGUGCCGUUAUGGCGGAUUACUGGGUCGAUGAAAUGCAAGAAGUCUUAGACUCAGAGAAGAAGGUCACUCAUGCCAGUCUGGCUGCGAAGAUCAAUGCCAAAAUCGACGAUCAAAAAUUCUUCAAGAAGCUGUCAAAGACCACAUCUGAUUUUGACAAUCAGCACCUCGACUGGGCAUUUGGUCCCACGGUACAAAGCGGUGGCCAGUACGACCUGAAGAUGUCCGCUCAGUCCAACAACGACAACCUGCACUCGGGCUGUAUCAUAGCUGGCAUGGGCUUUCGAUACCGAACCUACGCCUCUGUUAUAGCGAGAACAUACCUGGUCGAUCCGAGCAAGUCUCAAGUUGCAAAUUACAAGAUUCUUGUCGCCGCACAUGACGCUGCUAUUUUGGCUAUGAAGGAAGGCGCUGCCUGCAAAGAUGUUUACAAUGCCGCUCUAGGCGCAAUCAAGGCUAAGAAGCCCGACCUUGAAAAGCACUUUCCCAAGAACAUUGGUGCUGCCAUUGGUAUCGAGUUGAAGGACGUCAAUCUGUCUUUGAGUCCCAAAAACACUCGACCUUUGAAAGAUGGCAUGACUUUUUCGAUCAUGACAAGCCUCGCCGACCUCACCAACGACAAGCCACAAGACAAGAAAGGUACCAAUUACAGUCUGAUGCUGAUGGAUACCGUUCGCGUGACACGUGGUGAGGCCAUUGUCUUUACUAAGGAUGCACGAACCGACCUCGACUCAAUUGAAUUCUAUUUCAACGAGGAAGAAGAGGUCAAGCCUAAGCAAGAGAAGAAGAAGCCUGGAGCCGGCGCGAUUGUUACUAGUAAUAUCAAAUCUAGCCGGACCCGUGGCGCCAAUCGGACUGAUACACACAAGGAGGAGGAAGAGGCACGUCGAAGAGGGCAUCAAAAAGAGCUUGCUGAGAAGAAGCAACAGCAAGGUCUGGAACGAUUCUCUGAAGCUACUGGUGCUCUCAAUGGUGAAGACGAGAAAAAGUUCAAAAAGUUCGAAUCAUACAAACGAGACAGCCAGCUUCCGGCUCGUGUCAAGGACAUGAUUGUCUGGGUCGACGUAAAGGCUCUGACAGUUAUCCUACCUAUCAUGGGUCGACCUGUGCCAUUUCACAUCAACACUAUCAAGAAUGUGAGCAAAUCAGACGAGGGCGAAUACACGCAUUUGCGAUUCAACUUUUUGUCACCAGGUCAGGGUGUCGGUCGUAAAGACGACCAGCCUUUCGAGGAUCCAACGGCCCAGUUCAUCCGUUCUCUUACUGUCCGUUCAAAGGACCAAGAUCGACUGGCAGAAGUUGCAUCACAGAUCACAGAACUUCGAAAAACAGCCACGCGAAAGGAGCAGGAGAAGAAGGAGAUGGAGGACGUCGUUGAGCAAGAGAAACUUCAGGAAAUAAGAAAUCGAAGACCUAUCCGACUAUCUGACGUCUACCUCCGACCGGCACAAGACGGUAAGCGUGUACCUGGUGAAGUCGAGGUUCACCAAAAUGGUCUGCGCUAUAUCUCUCCUAUGCGGAACGACAACGUCGACAUUGUCUUCUCCAACGUUAAACAUCUUUUCUUCCAACCAUGUGUUGGUGAACUGAUCGUCCUGAUCCACGUGCACUUGAAGAACCCAAUUCUGGUUGGCAAGCGAAAGACUAGAGACGUUCAAUUCUAUCGUGAUGCCACCGAUAUGGCAUUCGACGAAACGGGCAACAGAAGACGAAAACACCGCUUCGGUGAUGAGGAGGAAUUCGAGCAGGAACAGGAAGAACGACGACGAAGAGCAGAGCUUGACAAGCAGUUCAAGUCAUUCGCCGAAAAGGUAUCAGAUGCUGGUCGGGAGUGGAACAUUACGGUGGACAUUCCCUUCCGUGAGCUCAGCUUCAGUGGUGUGCCUCACAGAAGUAAUGUCCUCAUGUCUCCUGCUACCGAUGCAUUGGUGCAACUUACCGAGCCGCCAUUCACCGUCGUCACACUCGAAGAGAUUGAAAUAGCUCAUCUGGAGCGUAUCCAAUUCGGCCUCAAGAACUUCGAUCUAGUCUUCGUCUUCAAGGACUUCAACCGACCACCCAUUCAUGUCAACACCAUUCCAGUCGACCAACUAGAACGUGUCAAAGAUUGGCUAGACAGUGUCGAUAUCGCCUACACCGAGGGCCCACUAAACCUCAACUGGAGCAUGAUCAUGAAGACUGUCAUUGCCGACCCACAUCAAUUCUUCAAGGACGGAGGCUGGUCCUUCCUCAAUACAGAUUCUGACGAUGAGGACAAAGACGAAGAGUCGGAAGAAGAAAGUGCAUUUGAGGCAAGUGAUGAGGACCUUGCCGAAAGUGAGAGUGACAGUGAAGAUGAAAGCGAUUUCGAUGACGAUGCCUCCGCUAGCGACGAUGAAGGCGACGCAGAAAGCGAUCUGAGUGAGGAGGGCGAGGAUUGGGAUGAGAUGGAGAAGAAGGCUGCUAAAGCUGAUCGGAGUGGACCGGUCAAGGAGGAAGAGGGAGGUGCGAAGAAGAGAAAGCGUUAA